AGAUGGCCAUGAUGCUUGGCGUUAUGAGAGGGACGGGCGUUACGACCGAAGGCGGGGCCGCUCACUGUCCCCUCCCCGUGUCAAGGAGCCCAGCACCGCUGACGAGCCUCCUGUUAAGAAGAAAAAGGAGGAACUUGAUCCAAUCCUAACGAGGACUGGUGGCGCUUACAUCCCACCUGCCAAGUUACGCAUGAUGCAACAACAAAUCACUGACAAGAGCAGCAACAGUGCCUGACAGCCUCCAAGUUUGUGGCUCAUCUCAUCAACCAGAAUGUGGCCCAUGAAGUGUUGUGUUUGGAGAUGCUCACUCUGCUGCUGGAGCGUCCAACUGAUGACAGUGUGGAGGUCGCCAUCUCCUUCUUAAAGGAGUGUGGACUCAAACUAACAGAGGUCUCCCCCCG